AUGCUCAGUAAGCUUCUUGUCGGCCUCUUGGUCGCACGCGCCUGGGCCUUCAGCUUCCAGCACCCAGCCAUGUCGCUUGGCCGCGCCAAAGAUGUGGUAGGGAGUCCAGACAGCACCAAGAUCAACCGUUCAGUGGAUGAUCCGACCGCCCUCCCUUUCCGCAUCUCCAACGGUUCCAGCAUCAUAAUCACUGUUCCUGCUCUGGCAACCACAGAGGACGGCGAUCAUUUCACAGUUGAGAAGGCCAAUGGAUCCAUCACUCAUUGUGGAGGCUCCGUUUACGAUUCCGUUCACACAUCUACCGAAUCCCCUCUUGUGUCUGACUGCACUGCUCUCUUGGAAUACUUUGAUGCUGAGGACAGACGGUGGUUCCUGAAUCCCGCUGAGGACUACCCGAAGCUCUUCACCCUCGCAUCAACUGGCUCCUGUGCAGUCAAGGCCCUCGUAUACGACCAGACAUACAUCGGAAACGGUGAUGGAGCAGCAAUUCUCCGCCGCGCCUUUGACCUUGGCAAUUCUGUCGUUGACGGACGCAUUGAGGCUCGCGGAAACAAGUACUGCGACGAAUGCUUUCAAGACUGUAGCGGUUUCCGCACCCAGACUCCCACCCAGUGGCAAGUUGAAGACCCGCAUAAACCAGACCCCAACGCCGAGGAGAAGUCGGAAGUAGAAGACUGGGGUCUCAAAGGAAAGAACAGCAACGAUACCGCACCAGACAACAGUGCACGCAGCAUCGUCAGCAGCAAAGCCAAGCUCCUAGGAACGCGCGAAGACCACACCACUUGGACAGACCAUGUCUUAAAAACUAAUGAUGGAAAAGAGGUCACUUUACAGGUCAAUGCAGCAGUCAUGCGAUCAGAAAUGGUCCCCGGCGACGGCGGUGCUGAAAGCAACGACAGAGUCACUUAUGUCCCGACCGAGAAAUCCUCGACCAGAUGUCACCCCAUUACUGCCCAGAAACAGACAAAAGAUCUGCUGGCUCGAACCGACGACUGCCGCGAACUUGUGUCAGUCCUCGCACACUCAGCGUGGAACGGGUACUGGCUUUUCUCCCACGACGACGUUCAAUGGUGUCACAAAGGAUUUGGUACGGCUAUCAUUCAGCUCGGUACUUGUGUUUUCUCGGCAUGCCCUGUCGCCAGGAUUGGAAUGGGAAACGAGGACAUCAAACGGUUCAUCCAGAGCGGCAUCGACAAAGUCGCCGGUGGCGACAAUAUGAGGGUCACAGGAGAGGGCGGGUGUGAGCUUGAGAGCAAACGGGACUGGAAGUUCGAGACAGAAUGGAUGGUCUUCGCCAAGGCCUCCCCCGUCCAGGUCUGA